AUGCAGGAUGCAGACCCGAAUCAUCCAGGUUAUUUCCAGAAAAGAAAAGCCGAAAAAUCAAUCGAUGCUGCAGAGGAUUUGUUGGAUGACGAUUUCGAUGAAGCCGAAGACUUUGAAGGUGAUGACGAAGAUGAACUUGAGGAUUUCGAGGAUGACAUUGAGGGAAACUUGGAAAAUAUCGGUAAAGACGUGGUCGACUGGGAUGCUGAAGACUGGGAAUCGGAUUUUGAGGACGAGGAAGACAAGUACUUGAGAGAGCUGGAUGGGUUUGCCCCUGCUGGGGUUGGAUAUGGAAACAUCACAGAGGAAACCCUAGAGAAGAGCAAAAAGAAGAAGGUCUCGAAAGCCGAGAGGAAAAAGAUGGCGAGGGAGGCUCAGAGAGAGAAGGAAGAGGUCACGGUUUGCGCCAGGUGUCACUCUUUGAGAAAUUACGGGCAGGUUAAGAAUCCCACGGCUGAAAAUUUGAUACCCGAUUUUGAUUUUGACCGGCUGAUAAGCACGAGACUAAUGAAGCCCACUGGGACAGCCGACUCUACUGUGGUGGUUAUGGUCGUCGACUGUGUCGAUUUUGAUGGGUCAUUUCCAAAACGUGCGGCCAAGUCCCUUUUCAAAGCUCUUACGGAAAAUAAAGAAGGUUCGAAGCUGGGUAAAAGGCUGCCCAAGCUCGUUCUUGUUGCCACAAAGGUGGAUCUUUUGCCUUCGCAAAUUUCGCCUGCUAGGUUAGAUAGAUGGGUUAGGCACCGCGCAAGGGCGAAUGGGGCCCCCAAGCUGAGUGGGGUUUAUAUGGUUAGUUCAAAGAAGGAUUUGGGUGUGAAGAACUUGCUGGCAUUUGUUAAGGAGCUGGCGGGUCCUAGAGGGAAUGUUUGGGUUAUUGGAGCCCAGAAUGCUGGAAAGUCAACAUUGAUCAAUGCUUUUUCGAAAAAGGAAGGCGUUAAGGUCGCGAAGCUUACUGAAGCUCCUAUUCCAGGUACAACACUUGGGAUCUUGAGAAUUGGAGGGAUUUUGCCAGCUAAGGCAAAAAUGUAUGAUACACCGGGUCUCUUGCACCCAUACUUGAUGUCCAUGAGAUUGAAUAGAGAUGAGCAGAAAAUGGUCGAGAUACGGAAAGAGCUCCAACCUCGAACUUUCAGGAUAAAGGCUGGUCAAGCUAUACAUGUGGGUUGCCUAGUCAGACUGGAUCUUGACCAAGCUUCAGUAGAAACUAUCUAUGUAACGGUUUGGGCAUCCCCCAGUAUUUCUCUUCAUAUGGGGAAGAUCGAAAAUGCCUAUGAGAUAAAGAACAAUCAUGCCGGGAUUAGAUUGCAGCCGCCUAUUGGUGUAGAACGAGCUUCUGAAUUAGGAGAAUGGGUAAAAAGGGACAUUAAAGCAUGUGGAACAAGCUGGGACGUGAACAACAUGGAUGUUGCGGUGGCGGGACUGGGCUGGUUCUCAUUAGGUCUAAAAGGUGAAGCAAAUUUAAGCCUAUGGACUUAUGAUGGCAUACAAAUCGAUUUGCGGGAGCCUUUGGUGCUCGACCGGGCUCCUUUUCUCGAGCGGCCUGGCUUCUGGCUGCCAAAGGCCAUAUCUGAUGCUAUCUGGAAUCAAACUAGGCUUGAAGCUCGAUCGAGGAGAAAAGAUGAAGAAGGAAGUACAGAUUUGCUUUCUGGAGUGCAUACUGGAGAACAAAGACAAUAA